AUGGCCAACAACACCGACAGCAGCCCAUCGACUCUUUGGAACCGUAGAUCAAACACGAACAGCAAAUUGAACCUUUCCACGAAAUCCGACAGUCGCGAAACCCACGACCACCCGUCUGCACGGCGAUUCAACUCUUCUAGUGGGAGUAUUAAGAACAAUCCUUUCUCUCCCGGGUCGGUCGCUUCGCCCACCAGCACAGGAUCCUCUGCCUUUGGCCUAGGAGGUGGUGCUUUCAGUUUCGGCAGCGCAAAGACCCCAAAGACGCCUGGCGCGACUUUCGACAUAGGGAAAGCAGGGAGUGCCUCUUCCAAAGCGCCGGUCGAAGAGCUGCCUCUGAAAGACACCUGGGUGGUAUACUAUCGGCCUCCGACAAGCAAAAAUAGCGACUACGAAAAGUCGAUACAGCCACUUUGUAAGAUUCAUACCGUGCAGGCAUUCUGGAAAGUAUACACGCACCUGCAGCGACCAAGCAAACUCCCCACGGUCAGCGACUACCACCUUUUCAAGGCGGGAAUAAGACCGGUAUGGGAGGACGACAGCAAUAAGAAGGGAGGGAAAUGGACCAUGCGGCUCAAAAAGGGUGUGGCGGACCGGUAUUGGGAGGAGUUAUUCAUGGCUCUCAUUGGCGACCAGUUCAUGGAAGCCGGUGAAGAGGUGUGCGGCGCCGUGGUCAGUGUGAGAUCUGGCGAAGACGUCAUUUCGGUGUGGACCAAGAACGACGGCGGGCGCAACGUGAAGAUCCGUGAAACGAUCAAGCGUGUGCUUUCACUGCCCCCGGACACGAACCUCCAAUGGCGGAGUCACGAUGAAAGCAUUGUCCAGCGCGAUCAAGUGGACAAGGCAAGGCAAGAAAAGCGCCGUAACACGAUGCAAGCGGAGAAGAAGGAGGAUGACGAUAAUAAGUCAUAG